AAAUAAAAUAGUAAGAAAUCAUGGCGGACACCGGCAAUGAAAAACAACAAAAAAUGGAAGUGGACUACAGUUCCACGGUAGACGAAAAACUGCCAAAAUGUGAAAAACUUGCAAAGCAAGGGAAAUUAACAGAGGCACUUGAAAGUUUGCUGUCAUUGGAAAAGCAGACCAGAACAGCAUCAGAUACACAUUCCACAAGUCGUAUUCUGGUUGGCAUUGUGAAGAUGUGCUUUGAGGCAAAGAAUUGGGAUGCUUUGAAUGAAAAUAUUGUACUGCUUACCAAGAAGAGAGGGCAGAUCAAACAGUCUGUCACAAAAAUGAUACAAGAAGCCUGUACCUAUGUAGAAAAGACACCUAAUUUGGACGUUAAGUUGAAACUCAUUGAUACUCUACGGACCGUCACUGAUGGAAAGAUCUACGUUGAAAUAGAAAGAGCUCGUCUAACUAGAACUUUAGCAAAGAUCAAAGAAGAUGCAGGCAAAAUAGCAGAGGCAGCUACCAUACUUCAGGAAUUGCAAGUGGAGACCUUUGGCUCGAUGGAGAAGAAGGAGAAGAUAGAGUUUAUUCUGGAGCAGAUGAGGUUGUGUCUGGCCAAGAAAGACUACAUCAGGACUCAGAUCAUCAGCAAGAAAAUCAACACCAAGUUCUUUGAGGAAAAGACUACCACAGAACUGAAGUUGAAAUACUAUCAGCUGAUGAUAGAAUUGGAUGAGCACGAAGGAUCAUAUCUAGCUAUCUGUAAACAUUACAGGGCGGUGUAUGAAACACCAGAAAUCAAAGAGGAUAAAGACAAAAUGAGAGAGGCUUUACGCUAUGUGGUAUUGUAUCUGAUACUGGCUCCUUAUGACAAUGAACAAUCUGACCUGAUCCAUCGAGUGAAGGAGGAUAAAAACCUAGAGGAAAUCCCUGUCUAUAAAGAAUUGUUAAAAUGCUUUACGACAACAGAGCUGAUUAACUGGAAACAGCUGUGUACGACCUACGAGAGUGAGCUCAAGUUUGGCUCCGCCUCUAGUCCUGCCACUCACGUGUUCAAUACCAAGUUAGAGGGAGGAGCAAAGAGGUGGACGGAUCUAAAAAACAGAGUGGUGGAACAUAAUAUACGAGUUAUGGCCAAAUACUACACAAGGAUAAGAACCAAACGCAUGGCUGAACUUUUAGAUCUGGCAGAAUCGGAUACGGAAGAAUUUUUAUCCACUCUGGUCGUCAACAAAACCGUCCAGGCCAAGAUCGAUCGCUUGGAGGGUAUAGUGCACUUUAGCCAGCACAAGGACCCCAGUGACAUUCUCAAUGACUGGUCGUUUAACAUUAACACGCUAAUGCAGCUGGUCAACAAAACCAACCACUUAAUCACAAAGGAAGAAAUGGUUCACAAGCUUCACUAGUGCUAAAUCUGUCUGUAUAUACGUUUUUUAUGACAGUUUAUCUAAAGGGAUGACAACUGUUGUGAUAUUUUGUGGAAGAGAGCUUCCAUAAGCCUUUGUACAUUUCUCAUGAUUUCAAGUAAACUUGAUAUUGUA